AUGGCAACCGUAGGUGUGGGUAACGGCAGGACCGAAAUCCAGCUGACGGCCAGGGACUUCAAAGGACAGGUCGAUCCCGACUGGUGUCCCGGCUGUGGCGACUUUGGCGUACUCAAUGCCCUCCAGCGCAGUUGCGCCGAGAUGGGUCUGCAGCCCCACGAGAUUCUGACGGUCAGCGGUAUCGGCUGCUCGUCAAACCUGCCGGGCUACUUCAACUCCUACGGGAUGCACACCUUGCACGGGCGCUCCCUGGCUGUGGCCACUGGGGCGAAGCUGGCCAACCACGAGCUCACUGUGUUCGUCACCGGCGGCGACGGCGAUGGGUAUGGCAUCGGCGGCAACCACUUCACUCACUCGGCCCGCCGCAACAUCGAUCUGACCUACAUUGUAAUGAACAACCAGAUCUACGGCCUCACCACCGGCCAGGUCUCGCCGACCAGCACCUACGGCAUGAACACCAAGAGCACGCCCUUCGGCAGCGUGGAGGCCCCAAUCAACCCCAUCACCCAGGCCAUCAUGAACGGCGCAACCUUCGUCGCCCGCGGCUACAGCGGUGAUGUCAGGCACCUGACCGACCUGAUCAAGAAGGCCACGGAGCACAAAGGCUUCGCCCUUAUCGACGUUUUCAGCCCCUGCGUAACCUUCAACCGCGACAACACCCACCAGUUUUUCAAGGACCGCAUCGUAAAGCUGGAAGACGAAGAACAUGAUCCCUCCGACUGGAAGACCGCCUGCGAGAAGGCCUUGCAGUGGGGCGAUUCGAUCUACACCGGCCUCUUCUUCCAGAAGGAGUCGGUCUCCCUGAUCGAUGCCGAGCCCGUGCUGUCCAAGGAGGGCCCCUUGGCAAGCGUCCCCUGGGAGGCAGCGUUGGCCACAUCCAUAGUGAUGCCGCAGUUGGGAUACGACAUGCGCGAAGGCACCGUCGUACGCUGGAUCAAGCAGGAAGGCGAUGAGGUGGUGGCCAACGAGGUCAUUGCCGAAAUCGAGACCGACAAGGCAGUGGUCGAGUUCAAGCCCACGACGGGCGGGGUGCUGCGCCGCAUAGUCGCCAGCGAGGGCGAGGCAGUUCCCGUCGGCCAACUCAUCGCCGUGAUCGGCGACGCCGACGAGACCCUGCCCGACGAACUCGGCGCUCCCACCGCUGCAGCCCCAGCUCCCGCCGCCGCACCUGAACCUGCGCCUGCACCCGCCGCGGCCCCCGCGACAGCACCGGCUGCGGCCCCCGACGGCGAAGUGCGCGCCUCCCCCAUCGCCCGUCGCCUGGCCCGCGAGCGUGGCGUCGACCUUGCGACGGUCACAGGCACCGGACCCGGAGGGCGUGUCGUCGAGGCCGACGUGCUGGCGGCCGCCGACAAUGUCCGCGCCGCCGCCGAUGCAGGCAGGGUGAUGGCCUCCCCGCUGGCCCGUCGCCUGGCUCGCGAGCAGGGCAUCGAUCUGGCAACGCUGACAGGCACCGGACCCGGCGGACGCGUCGUCGAAGCUGACAUAAACGCAGCCGCCGCGGCCUUGUCCGCCGCUGCCCCAGAGCCGGCCACCGCCGCCGAGCCCGCGUCGGAGGGCGCGGAACGCGCCGAUCUGUCGCGCAUGCGCCAGGCAAUCGCCCGCGUCACCUCCGACAGCAAGCGCGAGGCGCCGCAUUUCUACGUGGCCGUCGACAUCGACAUGACCGCGGCAAUGGGCCUGCGACGCGACAUAAACGACGAGCUCCCCUCGUCCAGCCGGGUCAGCGUCAACGACCUGAUCGUCAGGGCAUCGACCUUGGCCAUCGGAAAGCACCCCAAGUUCAACUCAUUCUUCCGCGGCGACCACCUGCAGAUGAACCCGUCCAUCAACGUCGGCAUCGCCAUCGCGCUGGAAUCAGGGCUGAUUGUCCCUGGCAUUCCCCAGUGCGAGGACAAGAGCCUGGCCCAGAUUGCCGCGGCCAGCCGCGACCUCAUCGACCGAGCCAACAACGGCACGCUGCAGGCCGAGGAGUACGCUGGCACCACCUACAGCGUCAGCAACCUGGGUAUGUUCGACGUCGACAGCUUCACCGCCAUCAUUUUCCCGCCCCACGCCGCUAUCCUGGCCGUGGGUGCGGUCAAAGAGCAGCCGGUGGCUCGCGACGGCCAGCUCGCCAUCGCCGAGAUCAUGAAGUCCACGCUGUCCGUGGACCACCGCGUCGCAGACGGCGCCGAGGCCGCCCAGUUCCUGAUGGAAAUCAAGCGCCUGCUGGAAAAGCCGGUCAGCCUGCUGCUCUAG